AUGGUGGAAACGCGUCACGGAGGAGAUCGGGAUAAGGUGACGGCCAUGGCGGUAACUCCGGCGAUGGAUUUGACUCAGCUUCAAGCUGAAGUGGAGCUUGCGAAUCAGAAAUGCGAACGACUCGGUCAGAGUGAUCGUACGACGACGAGGAGGCUCGAUUCGAUUGAAUCGAAGAUGGAGACAUUGUCGAGUGAAUCGAAAGCAAGAUUCGAGUCGAUGGAGGAUAAGAUGAACAGUAUUACAGACGCACUGACUCGGAUGGAAAACUCGGCGAUAUUCAGUCAACGUCCGGGGAAAGAGCUCGCAUCGUCAUCGGAACUUCCUAAUAUUCAGGUACCGAUUACUAAUUCUGAAUCGGGAAGAUCUCCACAACAGUUAGGUUAUCGGGGAAUUGAUGGAACUCUUGCCAAUAGAGAUAAGAUGUUGCGAAAAAUUGAAAUGCCUGUGUUCUCUGGUGAGAUGCCUUUCGAUUGGAUUUCUCGUGCUGAGAGAUUUUUCAGGUUUGGUAACUUCAAUGAGGAGGAGAAGCUUCAUCUGGUCUCACUGAGUUUAGAAGGAUCUGUGUUGCAGUGGUUCAACGGAGAGAUCAUCAAUGAUCCGUUUGUUAAUUGGGCACAGUUCACAGAACGAUUAUUGGAUAGGUUCAGCGGUCCUAUUGAUAACGAUCCUGCAGCAAGAUUGUUCCGUAUUCAACAAGAAGGGGAUAUUGCAGAGUAUGUAAGUGAAUUUGAAGCAUUGAGAAAUCAAGUUACAGGAGUUGAUGAAAAGAACUUGAUAAGAGUGUUCUUCAAUGGUUUGAAACCGGAUAUGAAGGAAGUAAUACGUUUGAAGGAACCAGUCACAUUGACUCAACAUAAACUAGCGGUGUUGAAGAUGCAGAAGACGACGUUCUGUAGCGUGAUCAGCUCGGCCGCUAGUGAAGGGCGGGGAGGCUAUCAAAGACAGACGUCAAGUAAUCGAACGGGUUCUUACAACAACAAGCAACGUACUGAACCAAUCAAGUUAGAAGCAACUCAAAAUAAGGAGAACGUACCUCAGAACCGCAACUACGUGAGACCAAGGUUACAACACUCAGAUGCAGAGUUGGAUCGUAUGAGGAAAGACAAAAUCUGUUUCAAGUGUAAGGCACCUUGGUCACCAGCUCAUCGAGACGUUUGUCCUCAAAAAGAAUUUCGCGUCUUGACAAUUAUUAACGGCCUUGAGCUCGAAGUGGUUGAUCUACGUGACGAGAUUGAUGAUCAACCCCAAGAUACGAACCCACAGACACUUUAUACGUUGUCACUUAAUUCGUACCUUGGUAUGGAAUCCCCACGAACGACAAAGAUGAGGGGUUUAAUACAAAACAAAGAGGUGAUAGUCAUGCUCGAUAGCGGAGCAUCUCAUAACUUCAUUUCACCUGAAGUUGUGAACAAGCUACAACUGAAAGUUUCUGCUGACAGUAGCUUGAACGUGUUGUUGGGUAAUGGAGUGACUGUGAAUGCAUUGGGAGUUUGCCAAGCAGUUCCAUUCCAAUUACAUCAAACCAACUUCAUAAGUGACUUCAUCUCUCUUGAACUGGGGAACGUGGAUGUGAUACUCGGCGUUCAGUGGCUUGAAACAUUAGGUGUUUGCGAAGUGGAUUGGAAGGAGCAGGUCCUUUCGUUCACCUAUGAAGGGAGGUUGGUUACUUUGCUUGGCGAUAAGUCCUUGCAUAACACCAAACUCUCACUCAAGUCACUGAAACCAGUCAGUACAGUUGGCAAGGCAGGAAGGGAAGUGCUACUUGCUAGCUCUACUGUAACAUCACCGUUUCCGGAAGUUCGUAAUCAACUCUCGAAGAUACUCCAAGAAUAUCAAGACGUGUUUGCAGUGCCUACAUCUUUACCUCCAUUCAGAGGAAAAGAACACGCCAUUAUUCUUAAACCAGGAAUAUCUUCUGUCUCUGUUCGUCCUUAUAGAUAUCCUCAUGCUAGCAAGAUCGCAAUGGAGGAGAUGGUUAGCGAGAUGCUCAAAAGUGGGAUUAUCAGACCAAGCACAAGCCCUUUUUCGAGCCCAGUCCUACUGGUUAAAAAGAAAGAUGGCUCACUACGGUUCUGUGUGGAUUAUAGAGGAUUGAACAGAGCAACUGUAUUGGAUAAAUAUCCAAUACCAGUUAUUGAUCAGCUUUUGGACGAGUUGUUUGGAGCUCAAGUGUUUACUAAGUUGGAUUUGAGGUCAGGGUAUCACCAGAUACGAAUGGUGGAGUCGGAUAUCGAAAAAACGGCUUUUCGAACAGUUGAAGGACAUUAUGAAUUCUUGGUUAUGCCCUUUGGUCUUACUAAUGCUCCAGCAACAUUUCAAGCUUUGAUGAAUCAAGUCUUCAAGCCGUUCCUGAGGAGAUUUGUCUUAGUAUUUUUUGAUGACAUUUUGAUCUACAGCAAAGAUCAAGAAAGUCAUGAAGAACAUGUCCGUUUGGUCCUUCAGGUGUUAAGAGAACAGAGCUUGUUUGCAAAUCAAAAGAAAUGUACCUUCGGAGUGGAAGCUGUGGAAUAUUUGGGACACAUUAUUUCAGCUAAAGGAGUGGCUACUGAUUCAGCUAAGACAGCGGCUAUGACUUCGUGGCCAAUUCCUAAGACUAUCAAGCAGUUACGAGGAUUCUUGGGAUUGACUGGGUAUUACAGGAAGUUUGUGAGAGACUAUGGUAGUAUGGCUCGUCCUUUAACAACAUUAUUAAAGAAAGAUCAGUUUCAGUGGUCAUCCGAAGCACAAGAAGCGUUAGAGAAGUUGAAGCAAGCUAUGGUUAACGCUCCAGUACUGGCAUUACCGAACUUUCAAGAGGUGUUUGUAAUCGAAUCUGACGCAUCAGGGUUUGGUUUAGGUGCUGUAUUAAUGCAAAACAAAAGGCCUAUUGCUUUCUUUAGUCAUGCGUUAACAGCAAGGGAACAGUUGAAGCCUGCGUAUGAACGAGAACUCAUGGCUAUUGUGAUGGCAAUUCGUAAAUGGAAGCAUUAUCUGCUGGGAAGGAAGUUUCAUGUACAUACGGAUCAGAGGAGUUUGAAAUUUCUAUUAGAGCAGAAAGAAGUUAACUUGGAAUAUCAGAGGUGGUUAACGAAGAUCUUGGGGUUUGACUUUGAGAUAUUCUACAAGCCGGGUCCUGAGAACAAGGUCGCUGAUGGGCUUUCAAGAUCGAUGUCCAUGGCUACAAUGCUUCUUACGUUGACAGUACCAACAGCAUUACAGUGGGAAGACUUGUACAAAGAGAUUCAUGAUGAUGAGGGCAUUCAACAGUUGACUCGGAAAUUGCAAAAUGGGGAGUUGCAGUCUAAGAAAUAUACUCCCACGCAAGAGGCUGAUAUGCCUAACGAUAAUCAUCGCGAUCCUCUCCUCUCUACCGCAGAUAGCUUCCUGCAACGCGCUCCCACCCUUGCUCGUCUGAAGGCUCCAGUCAGCUCCCGUGCCAUCAGCAUCUCCGCGGAGGUCUCGUCUCCGAGCUUUACUGGCUAA